AUGUUUUCUUCCUCCUAUACCUGCCCAGAACCUGAUUUCUUGGUUCGCGCAGUUUCGGAUAACCAGGUGUUUCCUGCGAAGAAGAAUGUGUUGUCUUCGAAUUCCGAUGUCUUCCGUGAUAUGUUCUGUUGCGUCGACAACUCCGACGGCGAUAACGAGAAUAUUCUGGAUCUCCACGAAAACGCAACCUUGACUGUAGCACUUCUUUCUCUCGUUCACCAACCUCCUCGGCUUCCAGUUGUCCUGUAUACAUCAGACCCAGUAGACGGGUUACUGCCGAAAAUCGUUUACGACCCAUCAACAGUCAUCCCCUUUCCCGUUCUUUCGUCGCUCUUCUCGCUGGCGGACAAGUAUGCCUUGUCGGAAACCAUCGCGGAAUCCCUGAAAGCACAUUUGUUGGCCCACGCCCCAACUGCUCCCUUACAAGUUUAUUGUCUUGCUUUGUCACUGGAAUUGAACGACCUUGCCUCUAAAGCUACUCAGUAUCUGAAACCGUUAGCCGAGUACGCCCAAGACGAGAUCAAAUCGAUACCCAGCAUCAAUGAGGAUAUUUUCCCUCAUGGUUACGGUUCUUGUUCGCAACACCUCGAUGAAACUACCUCUCGUUGGCAAACGACGAGGAUCAGCCUCGCAAUUGAGAUCAAUCAUUUAACCGACGUUGCUGGGGAAAUGGAACGUGCAUUAGAACUUUCUCCUAUUGAUCGUUGCACCUCUUGUCGGAAAGCGUGUAUUAUUUCCAUAGAGAUGCUAAGAUACAAGUGUAGACGAGUCCCAAAGGAAAUAUCGCGUCUGGUUACUUCGUGA